GUACGGGCGAGAGGUACCAGGAGAGGAGCGCGGUGCCCGACAGGCCGCCGCCUGUCUCGCACGCGCCGCCGCCUGUGAGCCACGCGCCGCCGCCGCAGCCGAAGCCGCAACAAGACGACAGCUCGUCCAGCUCGUCGAGCAACAGCGACAGCGACUCCGGCAGCGACAGUGACAGCGACAACGACUCAAGCGCGCACCAGAACGUUCCCAACGGUAAGUGCAAGCCCAUAAACAGUGGCGGG